GGAGGAGGGCGAUGAGCCUGCUCCGCCCCCGCCCCAACCUGUUAAACUCCUGUGCAGGAUCGUCCCACCCCUGCGCUACUCCUGACAGGUCCUCAGAUCCAGGGUGCUCCUCCAGCCACCAUGAGGCUCUUCAUCUCUCUUCCUGUCCUGAUAGUGGUCCUGGCCAUGGCUUUGGAAGGCCCAGCCCCCGCCCAGGCAACCCCUGACUUGUCCAGCGCAUUUGAGAAUUUCCCGGAAAAGCUGAAGGAGUUUGGGAACACUUUGGAAGACAAGGCCCGGGCAGCCAUUGAACACAUCAAACAGAAGGAAAUUCUGACCAAGACUCGGUCCUGGUUUUCAGAGACAUUCGGCAAAUUGAAGGAGAAGCUCAAAACUACGUUUGACUGAGUGCCCUGCGGCCUACCCCACACAGCAAGGGGUCCCUCCU